AUGGCAAAACAACAACGUUCUCUUCGAUCCGAUGGAUAUGGAGGUCAUGGAUCUAUGUCGAGGUCUUCCGAAGCCUCUGAUAGUCCGUUAUGUCUUCAAUCCUCCGAUCAUCCAUGUUUGAUGAUUGUUGCUCAUACUCUAGAUGGAACGAACUACAAUAGCUGGGCUAUAGCAAUGAGGAUUAGUCUAGAUGCUAAGAAUAAACUUAGUUUUAUUGAUGGAUCCUUACCUAGACUAAGCGAGAGUGAUUAUAAUUUCAAAAUCUGGAGUAGAUGCAAUAGUAUGGUGAAAUCAUGGAUUCUUAAUGUUGUGAGUAAGGAGAUAUAUGACAGUAUUCUCUACUAUCAAGAUGCUGUUGAGAUGUGGAAAAAUUUGUUUACAAGGGUCAAAGAAAACAAUCUACCAAGGAGGUAUCAGCUAGAACAAGUAGUGAUGACUCUAAGACAAGGUCAACUUGAUUUAUCCAGCUACUUCACGAAGAAGAAGACGUUGUGGGAACAGUUGGCUAACACAAAGUCCAGGACGGUGAAGAGAUGUGAUUGUGAUCAGGUCAAAGAGUUGCUUGAAGAAGCUGAAACUAGUCGAAUCAUACAGUUUCUCAUGGGAUUGAAUGACGAUUUCAACAAUAUCAGGAGUCAGAUAUUGAACAUGAAGCCUCGACCAAGAUUGAAUGAGAUCUACAAUAUAUUGGAUCAAGAUGAGAGUCAGAGAGUAGUGGGUGUGUCUUCUAGACCAACCUCAAAUCAUGUUGUUUUUCCAGUCUCAAGCUGUGAUCCCGGAUCAGAAUUCGAUUUUGCUAGCUCAAGGAAAUUUUCAGAAACCAAAGUGUUCCCAUUGGCGAAGAAGAACAACUAUAUGGGGAGCACAAAUCUUGCUAGUGCUGGUCAGAUAGAGGAGAGUAAGGAUCAACCUAAGGAGAAUAUCAACGAUGAUAUGUCAAAAGAACAGCUCCAACAGAUGAUCUCUUAUUUGAGUACUAAGCUUCAGUCUUCAAGCAUCACUUCAUGCCCUGAGAAAGCCAUAGCUUCGACUUCUACUCCCGUACCAACUAUCUCAUAG